AAAUGGUUGUGUGAUUAAAGGGCUUGACCGAACAUAACUUUCUCACAGCAACGGACACAAAGUCGGAGUCGGCGCAGUUCGCGUCUCUCGGUUCGCUCAUUCGGAGUCGCCGCUUAGCUUUCUGCUGGUGCGAAAGAGAAAGCGGAGGACUAGAAGGAGACCCCAACAAACGGCACAGGCGUGGGAACUGAGCCAAGAACUGUACACGACACCAUGUCCCAAUCCAAAGGCACGGUGGUCCUGGCUUACAGUGGUGGUCUGGACACCUCCUGUAUCCUUGUGUGGCUGAAGGAGCAAGGCUAUGACGUGGUCGUCUUCUUGGCAAACAUCGGGCAAAAUGAGGAUUUCGAGGAGGCCCGAAAGAAAGCAGAGACACUUGGAGCUAAAAAGAUAUUUAUUGAGGACCUGCGCAAAGAAUUUGUCGAGGAGUUCAUCUGGCCGGCGGUGCAGGCUAACGCCAUCUACGAGGACCGCUACUUGUUGGGCACCUCCAUCGCCCGGCCGUGCAUUGCCCGUCGUCAGGUGGACAUCGCCAAACAAGAGGGGGCGCAGUACAUCUCCCAUGGGGCCACCGGAAAGGGUAAUGACCAGAUACGCUUUGAGCUGACCUGCUACGCCUUGUACCCGGGGGUGAAGAUCAUCGCUCCAUGGAGGAUGCCGGAGUUCUAUCAGCGCUUCCAGGGCCGCAAGGACCUUAUGGAGUACGCAAAGAAACAUGGCAUUGCAGUGCCAGUCACACCUAAAGAUCCAUGGAGCAUGGAUGCCAAUUUAAUGCACAUCAGCUAUGAAUCGGGCAUUCUGGAAAACCCCAAGAAUCACCCUCCUAAAAGCAUUUACCAGAUGACCAAAGACCCUGAGACAUCUCCCAACAUUCCAGACAUGCUGGAGCUAGAGUUCAAACGAGGGGUUCCUGUGCAGGUGAUAAGCCUGACAGAUCGGACCAGCGCUCAGUCACCACUGGACAUUUUUACAUUCCUCAAUCAUAUUGGGAGCAAACAUGGAGUGGGCAGGGUGGACAUUGUGGAGAACCGCUUCAUUGGCAUGAAGUCAAGAGGUAUAUACGAGACACCAGGUGGCACCAUUCUGCGGCAGGCCCACUUGGACAUUGAGGCCUUCACGCUGGACCGUGAAGUCAGGAAGAUCAAGCAGAGCCUGGCAGUGCAAUUCUCAGAGCAGAUCUACAACGGUUUCUGGUACAGCCCAGAGUGUGACUUUGUGCGCCACUGCAUCACUCGAUCCCAGGAGAACGUGGAGGGCAAGGUGCAGCUAUCCGUGUUUAAGGGGACCAUCACCAUCCUGGGCCGUGAGUCUCCCAAGUCCCUGUACAAUGAGAUGCUGGUCAGUAUGGACAUUCUAGGAGACUAUGACCCUUGUGAUGCCUCAGGAUUCAUCAAAAUCAGUGCUGUCAGACUGAAGGAGUUCCAUCGCCUCCAGAAGAUGGCUGACCUGAAGCAAUGAGGAGUAUGGCACUUUGCUCCUCGUCUUGGUUGCCCCUUUGGGGUCUGCAUCUUUUUCUCUUUCUUCAUCUCUCUUUUUUUUUAUCCUCACCGAUUGUUGAUUUAAAACACUGCCUUCCUGUUGCUGUAAUUAGAGGGGUCCUUGGCAAUAGAAUUGCUUUGCAGAGAGGGGGAUUCAAUUAAUGUUUUUGAAAAAUUAAACGUUCUGAAACCCUC